AUUUCAUUUGAAGGGCCUUGUCUGUAGUCAUAUUUAGUAAAUUAUUCAAGAACGUUUAUACCAUUCGUGUCCUGUUCUAUUUGUGAUACAGAUUUUACUGUCUAUGCUACGAAUGUCUAUAGUAUUUUGCUUUUUCUUUUCUAUUUGAUCAAUUGAUGCUUGUUUCCUAGUUUUUACAACUCUAACUAAAAAGACUUCCUGCUCGUUAGAGCAGGUUUUUAAGAUCGAAGCAUGGAUGGACCUACUCAAAUGACCAAUGUCUUUGCUCUGCUAUAGAAGCUAUCAAAGCUAGAGAAUGCUUCCAAGUUAGACAGAAGCCAGCAUCUAACAUGCAAUAACGCCGAAACAUAGGAGAUGCCAGAUUCACUGUCUUGAAAGCUUUCUUUGAUUUAUCCCGUCAUUUCGUACUUCCCAUCACUGUACCAUUAUUUCUAAGGAAAAGGAUUGAACAUCCACCAAAAACUUUAGGGUAGGGUUUGUAUUGUUUUAUCGGUAUCAAAAUUUACAAGAGUGUAAAUCCGCAAACUACAAUCUCAUCGAUUUUUUUUUACAAAAGCAUUAUAUAAAGGGAUCCUGACUCGAAUAGAUACUGUCUAUUUAGAAAUAUUUCCCCUAAAACACAGGAAAUUCUUUUUUGGCUUUAUUCCAUUCAUUCGCUGUUCUUCAAAAUUCCUUUAAGUUAUCCUUUGCUGUUUUUGAAUUUACAUUUUUAAUUUCUAUCUAUUUCUCAAUAUGGAGCCAGUUCGUCUUUAUUAUAGCUACAACGAUGUUCAUAAAAUGUGUGCUGAGCAAGCUAAUCACAUCUUGCAGGUCUUUCGCCCAGAUGUGAUUAUCGCCAUCGGUGGUGGUGGUUUUAUUCCUGCUCGUAUUCUCCGUACCUUUUUGAAGAAGAAAGGCAGCAAAAACAUUCCCAUUCAAGCCAUUGGUCUUAGCUUAUACGAAGAACUAACCACCGACUCUCCUGAAGAAGUUCCCGGUGUCGAGGUGAAACGUACUCAAUGGUUAGAUUUCAGUACUUUGGGUAUGGUCAGUUUGGUCGGAAAGAACAUUUUGAUUGUAGAUGAAGUAGACGAUACUCGUACUACUCUUCACUAUGCCGUUCGUGAAUUGCAAAAUGAUGUUGCCAAGCAAGCAAAAGAAUUAAACCGUGAACACGAAAAGACUAGUUUUGGUAUUUUCGUCGUGCACAACAAGGUUAAACCCAAGAAUGCAGAACUCGACAAAGAACUCGUCGACAACUAUUACUUUGCCGGCUGCAAUACUCCCGACUAUUGGAUUAUGUAUCCUUGGGAAGCUAUUGACAUCGAUGAACAUGAUGCCCUUGUCAACAAACAAAAAAGCAAAUUAUUAGAUAAAUCUGCUUAAAGUCCUCCCCCUUCUCAUCGUUCUCUUAUUGAAUUCUUUGAUCUGUCUGUGAGUAAAUACUUCUUCUUUUUUUACUAGAUGAUGUUAUUUCCAGAUAUUCUCGUCUAAUACACCAAUUGCUGUUUUACUCCUACGUUUUUUACUGAUUAUAGAAAGCUUUUUUGUUUCUUCUCUUUUUUUGGGUUUCCUAUCUUUAUAUGAAUAUAAUAUGGAUGCACCUUUUUAAAGGUUAUUUUAGCAUCUUGAUUCAGAUUCAGAUUAGUCUUUUAUUAAUCAACUCGAUCAGUUAUAGCUUAGCAUAGUAUAGCAUAAUAAUCGUGAGAUAUACCUCUACAAUGUAUAGAAAGUGUAACUAUUAAUAGUUUCAUUUCAUG